UAUCAAGUCUGGAGAAGUUAAUUUUUUCUUUGGAGUUCUUUUAUGGAGCGAGCGGGACGAAUUGCAAGCGAAUCCUGAGGCGACAUUUGUUGCUUCCGCCGCUGAAGAAGCCAUUUCUCAGUAUAAUCAACUGCAGCAACUUAGCAAUGUCGCUCCGUAGAUGCCUUCUCACGCGAUCAAAGUCCUGUUGUCGAUUGGCUUUCCGAGAUGGUAAAGGGAGAGGGCCAUCAGAUUGAUAAUUUUUCUCUUGAGGUAUCAGUUCCUUCGAUCAUUCUGGAGAAAUGAGAAGCUUGUUUGGUAACCGAAGACUUUAGGAAAGUGAAAAGAGAAAAUGCUGUAUUUGAAAAGAUAGAGGAGGUGGUUUGCUCUAUCUCUUUGGGCAAAGGAUGCAUUAAAAAUCUGUAUAACAAAGCCUCUUGAGACUUUCCGUUAUGCAGGAUUGUAAAUCUAGUUCAGGUGGUUUUCGCAUCCGUUUAACUUAUAGUCAUCCUAAAGCUUCAAACGGCAAUGAUAAUUCCAUCAAAAGAAACCAGAACGGUUGCAAGAUGACAAAAAUUGCUGGCAAUGAUGAACCCUCGGAUAUUUCAAAUUGUAACGCCAAUUCUGUCGUUGAUGAUUGUUUCAACCCUUCACAAGAAGCUGAAUUUCCUCAAGAAAAGAUCGGUGAACCAUACCAUUGGGCUCAAAUUGUUAUAGGACUUCUAUAUACUUGGAUCGUUUCGUAUUCAAGAAAUGUGAGUCAAACACGAUGGGUAGUUGGUGGUGAGAGAAUGGGAGAAGCAUCGGUCGAGGAGAUUCUAGGCAACAAUAUUCUUCCCCUGUGUCGAGGUGAUAGUUACAAGUUCCAUGCAGCUGGUAGAGAAGAUCUCGAUGUACUGGAAAUCUUAUUUCACUCAAGUGACAAAUGGUUGGCGUAAGAAAUCUGAAAGUUGAAGGGAGCGAGGGUUGGGCAUUGGUGCAAGAAGAGGGACAGCAGAGAAUCAGGUUUUCUCCGUGAACAAUCUUUUUGUUGAUUACAAUUACUAAGUUUUAUUGAAUUAUAAUAUGGAACGAGUCUUGUGCUUAUUGGUGAAAUGAAAGGUCUGCCUUCUGUAUUGGUCAUUCUUUAUGAAUCAUGCAGAAGCAAUAUGCUGCACUUGUGUGGACAUCUCGCCCACUUGAGGACGACAAUUUAUUUGUCAAUAUCAUCAUUCAUUACAUUUUAGUUGCAUAUGUAAACCUGGGUCCUGUUUGAGAUUUUCAUAAGCAUCUUUAGUUAAGAUAUCGGGAGCUGUA